AUGCGUCGCCAGUGGCCGAGGAUCCCGCUGACUCUCGCCAGCUCCAUCUGCCAGCGCACCUCAUGGCGCCCGUUACAGAUCACGAAGCCUAUGAUGGAGGCCGUCGUGUCGGCGCACGGCAUGCAUGCGUCCUUCUGGGACAUUACAUCCUGCUUCUACACGCGCAACCUUGAGCUCGAGGAGGUCUACUGCGUCCCCUACACCGAGAAUCGCACCGGCGGCGUGACUGAAAUCUCCUACACGGUCAGGUACCCCGAGUACAAGGCCGCCGACGCUAGGUGGGUAAUUCGGCAGACCGGGCUAUACCACCGCUUCGACGCCAAGACGUGCGGCAGCACCUACGUGCUGCUCAGCCCGACCCCAAACUCCAAGCUACACCAGGAGGCUGCCGCCUUCCUGUCGACCCUCGCCCAGGGCCCCGAGACCGAACCGUUCUGGCUGCACCGCCUGCUCUUCGCCACGUACUUCCCGGCGUGGCGGCAGUACAUCGCCGCGCUGGAGCGGCAGUUCCUUCCCGUCGCUAACAGCACGUUCGCGACCUACAUCGACGAGCCGCUGCGCGUCUGCUACGACAACCUGUCGGCGCUGGUGAGCCUCGAGACGCGCUUCCUGCUAGUCCCGGCCGUGCUGGGCGCCGCUACCGAGACGCUCGACGAGCUCACCGCGCUGCUGGCGGGGAUGUCGCCCGCCGCCGCCGCCGCCCACCCCGGCACGCAGCAGUUGCGCAACAUCAGCCGGCAGUGCGGUGGCUACUGCCGCGCCGUCACCCAUCUCCAGCAGCGCACCCAGCGUACCGCCCAGCUCCUGUCCGACACCCUGCUGUUCCGCGACCAGGUCGUUGCCAAGGAGCAGAACGGCAACAUGCUGCAGCUCAACAAGUCGGCCGUCUUCAUCACCACUCUGACGCUGCUGUACCUCCCGGCGUCGUUUGUUUCGUCUUUCUUCGGCAUGAACUUUUUCGGUUUUGACGGGGACAACAACCGCAUCGCCGGGUCGUCCAUGGUGUGGAUCUACGUGCUAUCAUCCGCCGUACUAACCGCCAUCACCUUCUUCUUCUACUACUGGCUGCUGCACCGCGAGAACGGCGCCGCCUUCCGCCGCCUCGCCCCCAAGGUUGCCGACUGGAGCCUGAAAGACUUUGGGCGGCGCUUGACGGCGAAUAACAGUAACAAUAUCAAUACCGGGGAUUUGGAUGUCGAGGGGUUGAGGGGUGUAAAGGGGUAG